AUGAAUAACAUCCGCCAAGUUCAAGCGCUGAACAAGCGCGAGCUUGAAAAUGCCGUACCCCCAGAAGCCUCCUGGCACGCUGACUAUCGCGACACCGCCUAUAUCUACAUCGGAGGACUGCCUUUCGACCUGUCCGAGGGCGACAUCCUCACGAUCUUCUCGCAGUACGGCGAGCCGGUCCACAUCAACCUCAUCCGCGACAAGGACACCGGGAAGAGCCGGGGUUUCGCAUUCCUCAAGUACGAGGAUCAACGCAGCACGGAUCUCGCGGUCGAUAACCUGGGCGGUGCCACCGUGUUAGGGCGGGUCCUGCGCGUGGACCACACGCGCUACAAGCGACGGGAUGACGAGGAGGAGACGGACAACGUCGCGAGACUCAUGGGGGAGGAUACGGCCGGUGGAAAGGCCGUCGAUGAUCGAGAUACCGAUGACGAGCGGACGACAAGACGGAAGCGACGCACCAGCGAACCACGAGAAGAGGAGGCCCGCAGACGCCCGAAGCUCAAGGAGGAACUCGAGUUGGAGGAGCUGAUCAGGACCCAUGACGAGGAGGAUCCGAUGAAGGAGUUCCUCAUCGAGGAGAAGAAGGAAGAGGUGGCGCGUGCGCUGGAGAGGACACGAGCGAUUGAGAAGAAAUCCUCGCGCAGGCGAGACAGCCGCGAGAGAUCGAGCCGUCACCACCGUUCUCACCGUCGCCGAAAGGAGGCCUCGGGAUCGCCGAUCGCCCGCGAGGGAAUCUCGAUCGCACAGAGACCGCCGCUCGACGUCCAGGAGAAGAGACAGAUCCUACAGAAACAGAACGCCGGUCGCGUCCAGAUCACCCGAGCCGAGGCGCAACAGGGACCGAGAAGACCGUUAUCGUUAGAUGUCUAA